UACGUUUUUCAGAAAUACAAAAACAUGCAUCAUAUUCACAUGUGACGCAUCUUGUUGGGCUUUACUGUCAUACUUUAGUAUACCUAGCACACCGUGUAAUUAUGGUGACGUAUGUGUUGUGUUGUCAAAGCCUGAGAAUAUGAUAGUGAAAUAUAUUUGCAAACUGAAAGUGAAACUGCAGCGUGUGACUGAUUUUAAAAGUGACUGAAUCAUUGCACCGAAAUAGUAGGCCUAUAUCAACCAAUUUGUGUCAUGUGACGUCUCAGGUAGCUUCCAACAUCAUCUAUCUAGUGUACGCAAGUGACCUAUGCAGUGCAUGAAAGCAGAGUGAAAUGGACGAUUCAGAGACAGUCACUUGUGCUCACAGCAGAGAUGUGUAUUUUGAGCAUUUGAACAAAAGGUCUGUUCCCGCACAGAACAGUGAUGAUGAAUACAGCACAGCGCAUCGUUAUCGUGGACUUGCAGUUGUAAUUAAUAACAGUUCAUUAGUGCGUCAAGAAAGUGCUGGUUCACAACAAGAUGCGGACUAUAUGGCGAAGACGCUGAAAAGUCUGCAAUUUAAGGUUCAGCAAGUCAAGGACGUCAGAGGAGCUGAUCUGAGCAGACUUUUGUACAAAGUGUCGCAAGACAGUUACCAUGGCAAUGCUGACUGCUUUGUGUGUGUCAUAAUCAAGCGUGAAGACGGGGCAGUAAAGUCACAGCAUAGCCAGAUGUCUGUGACCCGAGGGCUUGAUGUGGUAGACUGUACCGAAGCUACAAGUGGAAACAAUAGUCAUAUGUUUAAUGACAUAAAUUGUCCACAACUUUCCGGGAAGCCAAGACUGUUUUUCAUUCAGACCAUUAGUGAGAGCAGCAUGUACAGUGAUGUCAGAGUACAAGAUGGCCUUGAUGAGGUGGAUGCUUGUGUUGUCAGACCACCUGCACCAAUUCCUCCUAUUCAGGAGAAGUGCAUGAUCAAGACUCUCAGGGAUGAGAAACUUUACAAAGACUUCUUGUUAAUGUAUGCUACGUGUCCAGGAAACGACAGUAAUGGAAGAGUAUCCAGGUUCACCCAGCUGUUAUGCCAGGCACUCACAGAAGCCAGAGGUCGAAGUUUACUGCGUAUGUUGACCUGUGUCUGUGGUCAGAUGAUCAAGCACAACAGUUCAGUUCCAUGUAUUUACAGCAAACUGACAAGAGAUUUGGUCUUCAAAAACAAGCAGAUAUGAACAAAGACAUUUCCUCUUUGCAUCUACAACUUUUAUAUUCCGAACAUUAAAAAGGGUUUUAUCAUGGUAUCAUAAUUUCAUCUGUCUGUUAUUAGAUUGGUGCCAGUCGUUUAGCAUGUGCAGCUUCCUGUAUAUUUGUUCUGCUAGUGCAGUUUUCAUCUUGACAUUUGUCAGUUUCUGUUUUGUACUUUAAUAAUGCUGUGUUAACCAGAUUGCCCAUUUUGCUACAUUUCUGCAUAUCAUAAACCAAGAAUAUAUUUGCUCGCUCUUGCAUCAAACUCAGCUGAGUCCAGUGUCUCAUAAUGAAGUCUACAGUAUUGUUUUCAUAAAUAAUUUAGGAAGACACUGACCUCAUUGAGGCAUUGAGGCAAAAAUAAAUAAGUCACAUGGUCUGUCUUGAAGCCCUGUGCACGUAAAACAAGCCCCUCCUGUAUUAAGCUUUCAACUAUGCUACUUGCGAUCACAGUGAUCUUCGAACUGAAAUGUACAUACAUGUAUGUUUUCAAUGUAUCAACUAUCUAGAUAAAAUCUCAUCUGUCUUAACUUUACUUGUUCAGAAUCUAAAUACGAUACUUAGAUCUAUUAUUAUAGAAAGCCUUUUCGUAAGGCUACGUCCCUUAACACUCUUGCACACGUGCAUUGUUAAGACCAAACAGGGUACGGGAAAGGGGCCAUCACCCACUCUCUGGUUUGUUCUCUGUACAUGUGUGUAUGGGUUCCAGCCAGCAGGAGGGCAGUUAGGGGUCAGCAAUGGGCCAUCUCCCAGUACUCUACUUCUGUUGGCUGGAACAGCACUGUUGGAUUGGUUGUGUUGUUGCUUUUUGUAUGUAUGAAUGUAUGUAGCUUGACUUUUCAAACUACAUGACACCUUAUCUUGCUUGAUAAGCUGAUUUUUUACUGGACUCAGAAGCUUGUAUCCUGUAUAUUGUUUGCUGGCUGAAGGCUUUGGAGAAGAACAGUUUCAUUAUAAAUUGACUGAGCUACUUUCACUAAAUAAAGAUAUUA